AUGGGAUGUGGACAAGAUUUGAAAGGACCAAAUUCCCAUGUGCCCUACUCACCAUCAUUAAUGGUCAAAAUCGACAGGCAUUUUGAAAGUGUUUGCCAUCUGGAUAGUGGCAGACUAGAUUUUGGGAGCAUAUCCGCAUGCUCCGGGAAUUUUUGUCUCCGUCAUCACAACAGUUUACGAAGAAACAGACAAGGUCCUCAAUCAAUGAGGACGCUAACUAUGCAAUUAUUUCAACAUUUGUGGAGGAUAGCAAAUGGCAAAAGACAGGAAGAAUUUACUGCAGUAUUGGGAGAUACUGCGCAUUCUUCGAAGUUAACGUCUGGAGUUACAACUGCUAGAGCAUGCCAAACGCUUUUUUCUCGACAAAGUCUUGGAACUAUGGAUUUAGAUGAUUAUGAAGUUCCAAGAAACUCGAUAUUUUUGAGUUCCUAUCCUUCGGAACUCAUUGGCGUCAAAGAAACCGAAAAUAUAUAUUUGAAUGCUCGUCGCUUUCGAUCAGAAAACUGCAAAAUCGAUGGUGUCGAUCGAAGUUAUCUUUUUUUUAUUUGA